AGCCGCCUCUUCUCCAUCGUGUUCAUUGAAAAGAGAACCGUUAUAAACAAUGGCAAGAACUAAGCAAACCGCACGUAAGUCUACUGGAGGCAAAGCUCCCAGGAAGCAGCUGGCCACCAAGGCUGCUCGUAAGAGCGCCCCGGCCACGGGCGGCGUCAAGAAGCCUCACCGUUACAGGCCCGGUACCGUGGCUCUCCGAGAGAUCCGUCGCUACCAGAAAUCCACCGAGCUGCUGAUCCGUAAGCUGCCCUUCCAGCGUCUGGUCAGAGAGAUCGCUCAGGACUUCAAGACCGAUCUGCGCUUCCAGAGCUCCGCUGUCAUGGCUCUGCAGGAGGCCAGCGAGGCUUAUCUGGUUGGCCUGUUCGAGGACACCAACCUGUGCGCCAUCCACGCCAAGAGAGUCACUAUCAUGCCCAAGGACAUCCAGCUGGCCCGCCGUAUCCGCGGAGAGAGGGGAAUCACCAAACCCGCCAUCCGCCGUCUGGCUCGUCGUGGUGGUGUCAAGCGUAUCUCUGGUCUCAUCUACGAGGAGACUCGCGGUGUGCUCAAAGUAUUCCUGGAGAACGUGAUCCGUGAUGCCGUCACCUACACCGAGCACGCUAAGAGGAAGACCGUGACCGCCAUGGAUGUAGUGUACGCUCUGAAGAGACAGGGCCGCACUCUGUACGGCUUCGGAGAAGUCGCACCAGCAGCAGCUCCAGCCGCCGCUCCGGCUAAACCCGCCAAGAAGAAGGCCGCCAAGCCCAAGAGGACUGGUCCCAGCCUCGGGGAGCUCAUCGUCAAGGCUGUGGGCGCAUCCAAGGAGCGCAGUGGCGUUUCAGCAGCCGCCCUGAGGAAGUCUUUUGGCUGCCGGAGGCUACGAUGUGGAGAAGAACAAAGCCCGUGUCAGGACUACUCUCAAGAACCUGGCGAAGAAGCCCGCAAGAAAGCCGCUCCUAAAGCCAAGAAGCCCGCCGCCAAGAAACCUGCAGCGGCCAAGAAGGCGGCUUCCGCUAAGAAGUCUCCGAAGAAGCCCAAGAAGCCAGCGGCCAAGAAGCAGGCUAAGAGCCCAAAGAAGGCCGCCAAACCCGCUAAGAAAGGCCGCCAAGAGCCCCAAGAAGGUUACAAAGCCAAGGCGGAGCUGAGCUCCCAGAAAGAGCCCCUAACCAAUCAGGACCCGGAAGGUCUAAAGCAGCGUCACCGACUCCACGGCCGGUCCCUCGGUUUAAGAGAAACGAGUCCCUUCUCUUCGCUAUACACUUUUCUCCUGUUCAAAGAAAGGAAAAUGGCAAGAACCAAGCAGACUGCUCGUAAAUCUACUGGAGGCAAAGCCCCCAGGAAGCAGCUGGCCACCAAAGCUGCUCGUAAGAGCGCCCCGGCCACGGGCGGCGUCAAGAAGCCUCACCGUUACAGACCCGGUACCGUGGCUCUCCGAGAGAUCCGUCGCUACCAGAAAUCUACCGAGCUGUUGAUCCGUAAGCUGCCCUUCCAGCGUCUGGUCAGAGAGAUCGCUCAGGACUUCAAGACCGAUCUGCGCUUCCAGAGCUCCGCUGUCAUGGCUCUGCAGGAGGCCAGCGAGGCUUAUCUGGUUGGCCUGUUCGAGGACACCAACCUGUGCGCCAUCCACGCCAAGAGGGUCACCAUCAUGCCCAAAGACAUCCAGUUGGCCCGCCGUAUCCGCGGAGAGAGGGCUUAAAUUCGCCUGAUACCAAUCAACACAACGGCUCUUUUAAGAGCCACACA